CUCGCGCUCACUCACUCGGUCGUGUAGGCUUCACGGCAGCCUCUGGUUUCUCGUACUCUCGGCGUUAAUCCCCUAUAUCUUGGCUAAUUUGACGCGCUCUGGGAGCCUGACGUGAGGAUGUCUUUGGUUGCUGCUCUCCGGACCGGGCGUGCUGUCCACUCUACCCCUGCUACGCUUGCUUCUUCUGCCGGUGUCCUUGUCCAUUCGAGGGGUUAUGCUGCCGCCGUGAAGCCCGCGAAGAAGGUCUCAUCAAAGUUCAAGGCGAAUGCGGGCAGAGAUGACAAGGAGAAGCAGGGGCCCCGGGAUGCUGGUGCCUACCAUCCCAUGCCCGUGAACAGCCUCGCGAAUCCUGUCUUCCAAACCGAGAACAUAACCUCGCUGCAAUUGCCCACCUUCCGUCCUGAAGCCAUCACUCCCUCAGCGGUGGCGAAGCCUAUGGCUUUUCCGCAAGGCGAGUCCAAAGCGCUCAAGGCCUACGGUUUGCCGAGGAAUAUCUUGGUCGAUCACCUGCUGUUGACGAAACCAUGCUCGGUCAUUCGGGAAGCGACCGUAGACCUGCUGGAUCAACUCGACAAGGCGUCUGGGUCGUCUAGCAAGGAUACGAGGCUUGUGUUGACUGGCAAGACUGGGUGCGGGAAGAGCUACCUUCUACUGCAAGCAGUGCAGUACUCCAUUCAGAAGGACUGGAUUAGCCUGUACAUUCCCAGAGCCAUUAGCUUGGUCAACUCCUCAUCAUCGUACGCGUACGACGCUCGCACCCAGACUUACGGCCAGCCUGCAUUUGCACAGCAGUUGCUGAAGCGAUUUGUCGACGUGAACGAGGCUCUUGUCCGGUCGUUGGCAACGCAGGCAGCAUACACGUUCGACGAGCGGGAAUUUAGCAGCGGCGCGCAGUUGAUGGACCUCAUCAACUUGGGGCUUGAGAACCAGAACCACGCACCCGCCGUGCUCACCGCGCUUCUGGACGAGCUAGCGAAGCAGACAAAGUACCCGGUAUUGCUCGCUAUCGACGACUUCCAGGCGCUGUUCUGCAUGUCGCAGUACCGCGACCCGUUAUUCAAGUCAAUCAAGGCGUACCACCUUACGUUCCCUCGGACGCUGCUUGAGUUCGCGAGCGGGAAGAAGUCCUUUGCGCGAGGUGCGGUCCUGGGAGCACUUUCGACACAAAACACGACCUUCCGCGCACCGCUCGAGCUGGUCGAGUCUCUAAACUUAGUGCCGUCGGUCCCGACAAACGCCUAUGUCCGCCGGGAAGCGGAGCUGAUCGAGUACGCGAAGGGCCUGAAGACAUUCCCUGUGCCUGAGCGGUUGAGCAUUGACGAGGCGGCGUCUCUCUUCGACCUGUGGCACCAGACCAAGGCCUUGCACAUACCUCGCGGCGACGAGAUCUUCCUUGCGAAGUACACGGAGUCGGGAGGGAAUGCGCGGGAGUUUGUGAAGAAGGGCAUCCUGCAGACCGCGACGCUAUAGACCCAUCUGUCGCGCAUAUAUCUACCCUAGUACCUAUACUAGACCGUAAUUACUUC